CUGUUGUCACCACCCGCUCCUGUCCAUCAUGAUAGUCUCCCGCUGAGGUGGACAAGUGGCCAUACAGGGAACUGCUCAAGAGAGCUGAGAAGUCCGGAAGAUAUGAUGCACGGCGCGCGCAGCACGGUCGGCGGUGCCAAGUCGGGUCAGGCAUGUGGAGCGAACAGGAGAUAAGCCGCUGCGGCGGUCAGGGCGACCUAGGGGAGUUGCCAGUGAGGCGUGGUCUAGGAUUCGCAGCAUCCUGUACUGCCAAGGAUGGUGCAGGUUCGGACGUGCUUCUGGCGGCGGACGCAGUGAAACGACCACCUGCUCGAAGACGUUAUGUUAGUAGCGUGGACCAUGGGCACAUGUGCUGCUGCGCACACAGACGACUCCGCGUGAGCCUACAUCCGGGAUCACAUACACGGCUCCUGCCAAGCGGAAAUGAAAACCUUCCUCGCCCUCGUGCGAUAGCCUUUAGCUUGCUAUCUGCUCCGGGAUGAGCUAAGCGAUUGGUCGCUCUGCAAUCUAUCAACGUGAGCUGUUAGCCACCUAUACAGUUGCGUUUGCAUCUCCCAAUCGAUCACUACGUUCACCGGGACUUCCGGUGAUACGUCGGAUCUGAAACGCAUGAAC